CUAUUUAUUAGUGGGUCGAGAACCAUCAAUUAGCCAACUUUUCAAAAAUAAGAGAGAAAUUAACAGGAAUGAACCACAGUAGUAGUGCAACAUAAAGACUCCAAAGCACCUUUAUUUUUUUCCCCCAAAGUGUAUAGUCAUCACUGUUUUAUUUGUUUAUUUACUCCAGGCAAUUUAACCGGUGUGUUUGUAUGCAUCAUUAUCCUUCUUUAGUCGUCCUGUUAUGGGAAAGGGGGGCCCCAAAUAGUCAGGUAAUGAGUCUCAAGGCAAAAAUAGAACAGGAGCUAAACGAGUGCAGGUCACGCCGAUGUAGGCUAGCAGUCGCUGCACUUGAGUGCACCGGCUGAUUGGAUCAGUCAGGAGGCUCUCCGAUUGGCUGCCCGCCACGUCAAUCAAGAGGCUGCGAGAGCCGGGUGCGUGCGAACAGGAGCCUAAUCGCGGUGUGCGCGCGCAUCGGAUGCAGUCUUCGUUCUCAAGCGGGCUAUCCGUCGCUUCGGAACCGACGUCGAGUGUGUUCAUGGAUUCCAUCACGUCGUCGUGACUCUUCCACGCAGCCUCUCCGCGAUUGUAAACGCCACCAGCCGCAGCAGCAGCAGCAGCAGCACCUCCCCCCCCCCACACGCCGCAGCGGAAACAUCCCUCGCCGUCACCACCGCGGCUCUCUCCUCCGCAGCGAUGGGCACCGUGCUCUCCAUCUCCCCCGCCACCAAGAAGGCGAUCGACGCCGUCGACGACAAAGGCGACAAGAGCCUCAAGCGGCCCUCCAUGUUCGUGUCGCUGUCGUGGAAGAAGCUCGUGGCCAGCUCGGCUAAGAAGAGCGCCAAGAAGGUGACCCCCAACCCGAACCCGCCGUGCGCUCAGGUGGCCCAGCGCAACAGCGACAACAUCCGGAAGAGCCAUCAAAUCGAGGAGCGUAAGCAGCGAGCCCCCAUCCCGGUGCCGGUACCCACGGUGCCCACUCAGAACCACAACAACAAGCCGCCUGCGGUGCAGAAGCAAGGCAGCAGCAGCCCGUCCGCGGUGUCCCCGCGGCGGAUCGUGAUCCAGGCUUCCACCGGGGAGCUGCUGCGCUGCUUGGGCGACUUCGUGUGCCGCCGCUGCUACAAGCUGAAGGAGUUAAACAGCGGCGAGGUGAUCCUGUGGUUCCGCAACAUCGACCGGACUCUGCUGCUGCAAGGCUGGCAGGACCAAGGCUUCAUCACGCCGGCCAACGUGGUCUUCGUCUACCUGCUGUGCGAGGCCACCCUGGACGAGAGGGUGGCCAGCGCGGCCGAGCUGCAGGGCGCCUUCCAGACCUGCUUGUACCUGGCCUACUCCUACAUGGGCAACGAGAUCUCCUACCCGCUCAAGCCCUUCAUGAUCGAGGCCAACAAGGACGUGUUCUGGGAGACCUCGCUGGGCAUCAUCGAGCGGCUCAGCGGCAAAAUGCUGCGGCUCAACGCGGACCCGCACUUUUUCACCGAGGUCUUCCAGGAGCUCAAGAGCCAGCGGGACUGCGGCGAGGCCAACCUGGACCGCUGACGCUCGUGCAGGCCGACGCAAAUACGAAAAUAGGGGGAAAAAAAAUCACAGAAGGGCGGCUUUGAAUGUAACGGCCAAUCCGAAAGGCUGGAUAUCGCGAAUGCGGCAUUAGUGUGUGUUUAGACAGCAGGAGAAUUAACUACUCAUGCAUGCCAUCAAUGGUGCAUUGUCCCCCCCCCUUUUUUCUUUUGUUAAAUUAUGAACACAUCUAAAUGCUAAUUUUAUUCAUAAUUAGACGGCUUUCUGGCGCAGAGUGCUCGAGGACCAGAAUAGAUGAUUGCUGUUAAGCGCACGGGCUGAGCUCUCCAAGGUGCUGACCUCUGCACCCCCACGCCCUCCACACACAUUCACUGCUAGAGUGGUGCCUUGAGAUACAAGCUUAAUUCGUUCCGUCAAAACGCUCCUAAGUCAAAAUCAUUGCGUCUCAAAUCAUCUUUCUGAAUAAAAACAGAAUUAACCUCUUCCAGCUUCCUGUAAAUAACAAAACCAUUUUUAAAAAAACAUCAAUUCUGACCAAUUCAUUGCGUAUCCUUCUAGUGUGUCCACAACUUGGCCACAAGGGGCAGCAUGACACAGCUGCAUAGACAAAUGAUGAAAAAUCUUCUCCAAACCACUGCGAGUCACGUGGAUGCUGUCAGUCAUUUUUCGCAGAGGAUAAAGAAUAUGUGCCCUUGUGUAUUGUGAUAUUGUCUAUUUGCGUGCGUUGCUGCACCAUUGGUGUUCAAACAUCCGUUGCUUACAGUGUCAUAGCAGUGCGGCCGUCGAUGCCAAGCGUCAGUCUGCAGUGAUAUUUUUCCAUUAAGUGUUAGCAUUAAACUAGGUGAAAGCACGUGAGUUCAGUUCACUGACACCAGACACGUUUCCACUUGCAAGUCAAAGCAAAAAAAAAUUAUUUAAAUAGCCGAAUGACUGCUCACACCUUGAAAAAAAAAUCGUAAAUCAGGUUACUUGUAUCUCAAGGCACCAUCGUAUUUAUCGCCACAAUACAGUCAUUGCGAACUUCAACCCAAACUUUAGCACAAAAUGCUUUUUGCGGGGAGGCGGGGGGUCCCUGCCUGGAGAUCAAAACACAUAGAUAUUUCCUUUUGGAUUUUAAAAUACAAUUUUAAGAUGUGAAACAGCCAAACUGUUUGCAUGGCUAUUGAAGGGGAGGAUUUCAUCCAAAUUCCAGCUGUCGGUUUUAUAUUGCGGUUGAUUGUCUUUGCAGUGGUGCCUUGAGAUACAAGUUUAAUUUGUACCAUGACGGCACUCUGAUCUCACAAUCAUCUUUCCGCACCCAAAUGAAUGUAAAGGUCACCAGAUUUGCUUUCCUUUAACCUGCAAACGCGGAAGAUGCCAGCACAGAACACGGCUGCAGCUCGAAUGUUUCGUCCGUCAGCAUUCUUCGGUGUGGUUUAUUCGCAGUUGGCAAACCAGUGCAAACUGGUGCAUUAGCGCCACCAACUGCACUGUCGCUCCACUGCAACGAUAUCAACUUGAAUUGUUGGGUGUCCAAAUGUCGUGAGUUUUACUGUCUCCAUCUAGUGGUGGCAGCUUGAAGAGCACUGUCAAAUUUUUGCGUGUUAUCUCAAGCAGUCAGAGACACACACAAAAAAAAAAACAUUCAAGGAUUUGGAAAAAAAUUGUUAAGGUCAAAUUUUAAGGCAUCACUGUAUUGGGUGGAAUGUAUUAUUGUUGUUUUCCAAGAAAUCACUUGGACAAUCUCAUACGUGCCAACGGUUUCAUUGUCUUUGCCUGCUACGGUAUUGUUUACAUCGUUCAUAUUUUACGUUCUUUGUGGGCCAAGCGCAACGAAAACACGCAGGAAUGUUUUCCGUUUAUGUUCGCUUUUUUUUUUUUUUUGCAGACUGACAAUAUGUAAAUAGUGAAUGUGAGUAUUGACUAUUGUGUCAUUUGCACAUCGGUGUCAGUUUCUGAACGACAUGAUCACACGCCUCUGAAAGCGACGCUACACGUGGACAACAAAGAGUAGCUAGGCAACAUUAGUUGUGUAUUAUGCUCAUCAUGGUUUGUAUGAUGUCGUGUUGUGACGCCAUCGCUCCAAGUGGAAUGUCGUGCUGCUACGUUUUGCACAGCCGUGAACAAACGUUGGAUGUUUUGCGCACGAUUCGUGGUCAUGUACCAAAUAUUCCUCCGGGGGGCGCUGGAUAGUUUGCCCUUAAUUUAUUACAUUUGCAGCUACGGAUGAAGGACGAGCACCUGUGAACUCGGCAUUUUGUACAGCACAUUUUCCAAUCUGACUGGAAACGUGUUCAUUCGCGUGUUAGCUUGGCCGGCGUGAUACACGCUCGGUAGUCAACCGCAUCUCGCGCGACAUGUUUAUACAGUCAAUGCAGUGCAGUUAUUGUUUUUUGGUGACCAGGGUGAAAUAAAUCCUUUCAAAGACUG